AUGUUCUGGGCUGCUGGCUUGCUGUACUUAGGAGCGUUGGCGUUGGCACAGCACGAUUACCAGCGCACUUUUGCUGCCAACCAUGGGCAAUAUAACGAAGGCUUAUUCACACCAGCUGAAGACCUGUCAAUCCUAUCUGAAACCGAGUUUACGACGCUCAGCCAUCCUGAAUUCCCUCGUUACAGCGUGCGCGUCAAGAAGUCGCAAUUCUGCGACGAGACAGUAAAGUCAUACACGGGGUACAUCGAUAUUGAAGCGCGCCAUCUGUUCUUCUACUUCUUCGAGAGCAGAAACAACCCCGACAAAGACGAUGUCAUAUUUUGGACCAACGGAGGCCCUGGGUGCUCUUCUUCUCUCGGGCUUUUCAUGGAACUCGGCCCCUGCAGAGUACUAGAUGCUAACGGAACCAAAUUCCACCCCGAAUCGUGGAACUCGAACGCGAACAUCUUCUUUGUCGACCAACCUAUCGGUGUUGGAUUUUCUUAUGCAGACUAUGGUGAAGUUGUGAGCACGACAGAGGAAGCCGCGAAGGAUAUAGCUGCAUUCGUUGCCAUUUUCUUCGAGAACUUUAGCAAAUUCAAGGGCAGAGCAUUCCACAUGGCCGGCGAAUCGUACGGGGGUCGCUACAUUCCUGUUUUCGCAGCAGAAGUUUACGACCAGAACAAGAAGCUUGUAGAGGCCGGAAUGACCCCAAUUAAUCUCACUUCUAUCAUGAUCGGAAACGGAAUCACUGACUUUUACACCAUGAUUCCAUCGUACUACGACAUGGCAUGCACCCCCGCAUCUGUAGCGCCGAUUCUUGACAUUUCAACAUGCACUCGCAUGAAGCAAACGAUCCCAAGAUGCAAGAAAUGGUUGAAAGAAUCAUGUGUCGACCAACUUGACGCCAUCUCAUGCGAAGCCGCAAAUGUAUUUUGUUCUCAAGAGCUCUCUGCCCCCUUCUUUAGUUCCACCAAGAACCCUUACGACAUCAGUCGUGACUGUGAAGGUGAAAUCAGCGACACACUAUGCUACCCAGUCACCAAGCACAUUUCAUCAUUCCUCGAUCGCGCCGACGUGCGCUCGACGCUCGGCGUCGACCCGUCCAUCACAGCCAACUUCUCGUCGUGCUCCAACGACGUCGGUUCGCGGUUCUACGCCAAACUGGACGAAUUCCACCCGACGCACCACUAUGUGUCCGCUCUGCUCGACCGCGGCGUCCGCGCGCUCAUCUAUGUCGGACGUAACGAUUGGAUAUGCAACCACGUCGGGAACGAGCGAUGGACGCUCGAGUUCGAAUGGAACGGUCACAAAGAGUUCAGCGUGCUGCCUCUGAGGGAGUGGAGUGUUGCUGGCAAGAAGGCGGGCAUGACUAGGAGUGCCAAGGGUCUGACGUACGCCACAAUCGACGGUGCAGGACAUAUGGUUCCUUAUGACAAACCCAAGGAGGCCCUCGAGCUCGUCAAUAGAUGGUUGGGAAACCAAGAUCUGUAA